AAUCGUGAACGAAUCAGAACGAAUAGUCAUGAUACAUGAAUAUCUAGAUACGUCGCGAUACGAAAUGCCGAUGUUGAUUCCCUUCUUUAUUAUAUAAAUGUGUGUGAGACGAUCUAUAUUUUUACGCAAAUCCGCGAAUAUCCUGUACUUUGUAAGAACAUGUGGCCGCGUGGAAACUUUAAUUGUACAUUGAUGGUGAAAUAAUACGUGUUUAAAAUAUAAAACAGAUAUACACAGCGAUCGUCGAAAUUGUAAAUAUUAUAUAGAGUAAAAACUAUAUAUUUAUCAAGAUGUCUGUGGUAUCUUCAAGAGUUAGCAGUGUGUCGUCUAUAAUAAAAGCUACUGGAAUUAGAUCACAACUCAAUAAACAGUCCAACAGGAUACACUAUCUUAAACUCCCUAAAGAUAUUAAAAGUAUAUUAUAUAAUUUUAAGGCAGGCAGUGGAAUUAAAGAAUAUGAAAAAUUGAUAUAUAUACUUAAAGAAGAUGCUGUAAAGGAUAGUGAUUUAGCAGAGUUCUUAUCUGAGGCAAGGCAAUGUAUAUCCUUAUUAGAUAUUAAAUACGAAUUGUUUAUUCAAAUUCUUCUUCGAAUCCAAUGGACAACUAAAUCACCAGAAGUCAUUUCUACUUAUAAACUCUUUUUACAAGAUUUAGUGUGUAUGCAAACACUCUAUAUAAAAACUGUAAUAAAUUCUUUAGUUCAGUUAUUUAAAUCAGUAGAAGAUAACAAUGCAGAACGUAAGCCUGGAGAAUUCAAAGAUACAGAUAUAGGAAGGCUAAAUCAUAUACAUGACAUAUUACAUAAAAUUGAAGUAGUACCAAUGUCAAGCCAAGUUUUACUACAAUCUCUUGCAUCACAAUUUCCAUAUAUUGCACAUGGCACUUAUACACAUGAAAUUUAUAUCUAUGCUUUAUUACAAAUAUUGAAUUAUGCACCUCAGCUGAGAUCAGACAUUCUAUCUUUAAUAAUUAAUAGGCUGACACUGUUAGAUGUCAAUAUACCUCGUAAAGAAGCAACUAAUGAUGAGGAAGAUGAUGUAAUGAAUGAUUGUACCAAUGAAACUAAGGGUGACAAUCUGACAACAGUAAAUAAUGAUUCAGACAAAAUAAAAACUGUCCCUUUAAUUGUGCAUACAAUGGACACAUGCAUGGAAUUGUUUCUUAAAUACAUGCACGAGUUCUGUUUUAGAAAUGGCGUUCUACAAAUAGAAUCCCUGAAAAUGUUAUAUUUUGACAUUCGCCGAGCAUUCGAAACAAUAAUAUUACCCACGCACGCCAGUCAAUAUGUGCAAUAUAUCGCAUUCUACAUUUGCAGUUUCAAAGCCACAGUCGCGGAAACUUUUACAGAUUGGUUAUGGCAUAAAGUAAUUGAUCCAAAUGUAGCACCAGUUUUAAGACAAUCAGCUGUUUGUUACAUUUCUAGUUUGUUUGCUACCGCAUCAUUUAUUUCUCCUGGAUUAAUGCAGGUGACAAUGUCCAAAUUGGUCAAAUGGAUACAUAGUUAUAUCAGUAUGCAAGAAUAUUCGAAAUAUGUCGAUGAUGAUACAAAACCACAUGCUGUAUUUUAUUCUGUAUGUCAAGCUUUCUUUCAUUUAUUUAUCGCGAGACACAAGGAAUUUAGUUCAAAAAAUGACAUGUUAUUUCUUCAAGAACUUGAUAUACCAAGGAUCGUUACUUGUAGAUUAAAUCCUUUGAAAAUGUGCAACACCCAGAUAGUUCAAAGUUUUGCGGAUAUUACAAGUGAAUAUCAACUCGCCUAUUGUUAUACUAUAAUUGAAAGCAAUGAACGUAAUCAGUUGCCUAUUUUCGGUGUGAAAACCCAUUUGCCUGUUUUAGUUUCUAAUUUUUCCCCUUUGAAUCUUAUACAUUACAACAUAGCAGACAGAGAAUAGUUUCUCUAUUUCAUAGUAAUGUAGUAGAUGCUGACAGUAAAAAAAUAUGAAUAAAAAUAUGGAAAUAAA